CGAACCAGUUGCAGCACAACAGCCAGCGUGCGCGUUUUCAAGAUGCGGAAUAAUCACGGAACCCUUUCUGGUUGAGUGACGCGCCCGCUGUCCAAUCGGAACCAUGAUAGCCACCGGCGGCCUGCUGCGCAUGAACCGGCGCCAGGACUCCCUGCGCUCCAAGAACCGCGCGGAGAACAAGCGCAAGCAGAAAGCCAAGAAGAGGAAGAAGAAGAACGACGUGGUGGUGGUGAAGGGGAAGCUCAACCUGUGCUCCCCGGCGGGGCUUGUGGCGGCGGUGGGCGUGAUGGUGCUCGUGGUGGGCAUCUCCAUGGCCAUCCUGGGCUACUGGCCCAGCCCCAACCACCAGGAGUACCAGGAGCGCCGGAGAACCGGCAUGCACCGCGGCCACCGCAUGGGCUACUCCAAGACGCUGCCCACGUCCUCCGAGGUGGCGACCACCACCACCACCUCGACCCCCAACGGAAACGUCAGCGCCCCGGAGCCGUCGCACUCCUGCGGCUUCCUGUGCGACUUCCUGGACCGCUACCUGUACUCGGACAACCUGAAGGUGUUCGGCCCUCUGGUGAUGGGCAUCGGCAUCUUCCUGUUCAUCUGCGCCAACGCAGUGCUCCACGAGAACCGCGACAAGAAGACCAAGAUCAUCAACCUGCGGGACAUCUACUCCACGGUCAUCGACCUGCACAGCGUGCGCUCCAAGGAGUACUCGCCGCUCAACGGCCUGGUCAACUACACGCAGUCCCGCAGCGCCGACCCCGGGACGGCCGCGGGCCCGUCGGGGCUCUACAGCGCCACAGGGGGCCACUCCCGCGGCUCCUGGCCAUCCGAAGGGCCGGGUGUCCCGUCGGAGCUGGGCAGCGACGAGACGCUCCGACGGCCCUCGCUGGCGGGCCGGACGCGCAGCUGGUCCCGGGACGUGCAGACCUUCACGGAGACGGUGUACAGCAUCUACCGGGACCACAGCGGCGGCAGCGGCGAGCAGACGGCGCCGGCGCCGCCUCAGUGGGAGACCGCCUCCAUCGGGGCCGCCUCGAUCACCGCCCACACGCUGCCCGUCAUCAAGCUCAACAACCGCGAGGUGGAGGGGGCGGCGAGCGAGGCGGCGGCGGCGGGGGGGGAACGGCGUUCGGAGGACGCGGGUGCGGGCGGGGGAGGCGGAGCCGGGGGCGGGGCAGACACCAAAGAAAAGGAUCCGACGGGCACCGACUCGCCGGCGCUCCCAGAGCACGGAGGACGCUCGCCCGCCGGGAACGCCGAUCCGCAGGGAACGCCGAAAGCGGCCGCCGCCGCCGAGCAGCCGUGGACUCAGACGCAGCUGUCCCCUCCGUCGCCGGUUGCCAGGGCGACGGGGUCGCGACUGUCACUCAACUCGCUGCCCGAUCAGCCACGGCCGGUGCGGCGCUGCAGCUUCUCUGCCUCGGCCUGUCGUCAAGGCGACCGGGGAGGCAGGCGCUUCAGCUGCCCCCGGCUGGAGAGCUCCAACAGCAAGGGCUACAUCAAGCUGAGCGACCUGGGGGGGGAGUCCUUCGAGGCCUCCGACACCGACACCUCCUUGUCGACCUUUGACCGGGAGGGGGCGGCGGCAGCAGGGACAACCGCGGAGGACGUGGGCGGCACUCAGGUAGAGGAGGAGCCGGCCGAGGCCGGUUGCUCCGUGGAGUCCUAGAGGGAUGGAGAAGGGGCUGUCAGGCCACUGGAACGGCCGCUGACGUCUUGUCUUGACUCUUCUGGAUACUGGAUGCUGAUCGCUCCGGCUCGUAUCCGCUGCUAUUGAGAGAACGGCCAGGAGGGAGUACAAUGGGGCAAAAGGACUAUUGACACAUAGCCAUGGACACUCUUGAGCAAGGCUCUUUAUAAAUACCACACUGCAAGCUCAAAUAUCAAGACUUUUUUAUAUUUUUUCAAUGUAGCAAGAGCAAUACUGAGAAAAAUUAUGAUAUAUUAGGUUUAUGAUGAGUAAAUACUCAUUUGUAAAACAAAAGUCUUUAGAGUAGAGCUACUUUCAUUCCUACAUUUAUUUUAUAAAAAUAAUUAUGGUAGUUCAACAAAAUAAACUGUAGCUGUAGAAUUGCUUUAGGCAGUCUCUGAGAAUGUGCUACUUCAAAAAAGAAAAAAGAAAGGUGUACUGUAGCAUAGAAUUUAUGCCCUGGGUAUGAAGAUACUAGCGUAGGUUUGUUUCUAUACACUGUAAUGUGAAUUACCUUGUGCAUAGGUUUAAUGAAAUGAAUCUCAGGUAGACAAAAGGCUUAGGUUUGGGACCUAGGGGUAAAAAAAGGUCUUGCCAAUGUGCACAUGGGUUAGCAUUUGUCUGUAUCACCUCUGUCAAUCCUAAGUGUCAUUGUGGGAUAUUUUAGUAGCACAGUGUAAAAUGACUUGCUUCAUCCAAGCAAUUUUACUUGCAUUAUGAAAUAUUAAAAAGAAACAAGUUUAUUGAAAUAACUUUGUGUUUGAUUGAUUCAGGAGUGUGACGGAACACUUUGGGGAAAAUAGUUUCCCUUUCACUUGAAUGCAACAGGUGCCGCUU